UUACCCAGUCAUUGCAUUCUUCGUAUCUUACCUUACUUUAAAACUUCCAUCUGUCGAAUCUGCUCUCUCCUUGGACGACAGUAUCUCUUUUUAAAAUCACCCUCUUUUUCACUUUUACUGUUCUUGUUUAUUAGUCCCCUCUCUCUCUCUCGAGUAAGAAAAGGGAAAAGAAAAGAAUUUAUCAUCCAUGGUUGGUCUUGGUGAUAGCAAUUCCGGUUGCAAUAGCAACAGCAAAACAAAAGACAAGAAGAAGAAGAAGAACAACAAGCGUGGGGGUAGCAGAAGGAAGAUGACAGCUGACCAAACUUUGGCUUUCAAAUCGGUGACUGAAUGGGUUUAUUUGGAUCGCCAGAAUUCUUCUUCAACGGCGGCUUUAUCUUCAUGGUUGGUGCAUGAUUUUGGGGUUCAGAAGAGUCUAGGGAGAGGGAUGGAGAAAGUGGUGUUUGAAUUGCAUUCCCAUUCUAAACAUAGUGAUGGGUUCUUGUCCCCUUCUAAGCUCGUUGAGAGAGCUCAUGGAAAUGGAGUGAAAGUUCUUGCUCUGACAGAUCAUGAUACAAUGUCUGGGAUACCUGAGGCCGUAGAAACAGCUCGCAGAUUUGGUAUCAAGAUUAUCCCUGGUGUUGAGAUCAGCACCAUAUUCUCUCCAAGCAGAAAUUCUGAGAUGGAGGAACCAGUGCACAUCCUUGCAUAUUACAGCAGCUGUGGCCCAACAAGGUAUGAAGAGUUGGAAAAAUUAUUGGCUAACAUCAGGGAUGGACGUUAUCUCCGUGCUAAGGACAUGGUUUUGAAACUCAAUAAACUCAAGCUACCUCUUAAGUGGGAGCAUGUUACAAAGAUUGCAGGCAAGGGGGUGGCUCCCGGUAGACUGCAUGUGGCUCGAGCAAUGGUUGAAGCAGGUUAUGUGGAGAAUCUAAAACAAGCUUUUGCCAGAUAUUUAUAUGAUGGUGGACCUGCUUAUUCCAUGGGAAGUGAGCCUCUUGCAGAAGAAGCAGUGCAUCUUAUAUGUGAAACAGGAGGUUUAGCAGUCCUGGCUCAUCCCUGGGCAUUAAAAAAUCCUAUUCCUAUCAUAAGAACGUUAAAAGAAGCAGGUCUUCAUGGAAUGGAGGUUUACAGAAGUGAUGGAAGAUUGGCAGCAUACAGUGACUUAGCAGAUACUUAUGAUCUUCUGAAGCUUGGAGGAUCAGAUUAUCAUGGGAGAGGUGAGCAUGGUGAGUCCAAACUAGGAAGUGUGGACCUUCCAGUGUUGGUUUUGCAUGACUUUCUAAAGGUAGCUCGACCUAUCUGGUGUGGCGCCAUUAAGGACAUUCUAGAGAGUUAUGCAGAGGAACCCUCUGAUUCGAAUCUAGCCAGGAUUGCGAGAUUUGGGAGGAUGAGCAGUUUCAAGGGAAGUUCUCCUCGCUUGAGUUAUGGGAAGGACUUGAUUGAUCAUUGUUUAUCAUUGUGGCUGACCACCGAAGAAAGGCAGAAUGCUGAGUUUGAGGCUAUUAGGUUGAAGCUUUCCCAUAUUUCAAUCAAUCUGGGCGGAGUACAAGUUCCUAUAGAAAGUAAAUCGUAGUGGUACUUGAUUGGAGAAGAUUAUACCAGUUGCUUCUUGGCAUCAUGAUGCAGAGAAGUGAGAACGCUGAGUAGCAUGUUCAUUCCCUUUUAAUAGUUUGGAAAAAAAGAUCCGAAAUUGAAACUAGUCAUGUUCGGUACUGUUAGCUGCUCCACAUCUUGAAUCAACCGAGUCUUUUUUUUUUUUUAAAUCCAUUUUGGCCCAUUUUGUUUUUUCUUGCGACCAUGAAAAACAUGUAUUUACGUAUCAUUUACAGCUCUUUAUCUUUAUCUUUUUUUUAAAAAAAACUUUGUACUUUAUUCUCGUAUCUGUCUUUUCAGCUGAUUAUUAUUUGGUUGUCGCAGACAUAAUGUCCAUGACUGAUGCAGCAGGCUCAGUUAAGUUUGGUUGUUCAAAACAGUAAACAAACAGUCUUUCGUCCUUUGUUAUAUUUGUGCAUUGUAGAUUUUCCAAUGCUUCCUGUUUAAUUCAAGUUCUGUCACAGUGCAGAAUUCCGAAUUCAUAGCCAAAUCGAAAACAGAGGCCAU